GGCUAAAUUGGCAAGUCAGCCAUAUUGCAGCUAGAGGGUAGAAGAAGAGCACCCAGUGAGAGAUCACCAAGAAUAGCUCUCCCAAACAGUCUGCCUGAGGGUGACAAGGUUCUGGUGACAAGGCGUAAAUCAUUGGAUUUUAUCCAAUUUCUUUGUGGGGAAGGAGUGACCAAGUGCAGGACCAAAAAUGCCGAAACCAGUCAAUGUCCGUGUGACCAGUAUGGACGCAGAGUUGGAGUUUGCUAUACAGCCCAACACUACAGGCAAGCAGCUUUUUGAUCAGGUGGUUAAGACUGUGGGUCUAAGAGAAGUGUGGUACUUUGGACUGCAGUAUACGGAUACCAAAGGAUUCCCGACAUGGCUGAAGCUUGAUAAAAAGGUUUCUGCUCAGGAAGUGAGGAAGGAAAACCCUCUUCAGUUCAAGUUCCGUGCCAAGUUUUUCCCUGAGGAUGUUUCAGAGGAGCUUAUUCAGGACAUUACCCAAAAGCUAUUUUUCCUUCAAGUAAAAGAGAGCAUCCUGAGCGAUGAGGUGUAUUGUCCCCCUGAGACCGCUGUCCUUCUUGGCUCAUAUGCAGUGCAGGCCAAAUUCGGGGACUAUAACAAAGAAACACACAAGUCUGGAUACCUCAAUUCAGAACGCCUUCUGCCACAAAGGGUUUUAGACCAGCACAAGCUUUCCAGAGAUCAGUGGGAAGAAAGAAUUGAGGUGUGGCACACAGAACACCGUGGCAUGUUGAAAGAAGAUGCUAUGCUGGAAUAUCUCAAGAUUGCUCAAGAUUUGGAGAUGUAUGGAAUCAACUACUUUGAAAUUAAAAAUAAGAAAGGAACUGACCUCUGGCUGGGAGUAGAUUCACUGGGGCUAAAUAUUUAUGAGCGAGAUGACAAAUUGACCCCGAAGAUUGGUUUCCCCUGGAGUGAAAUCAGGAACAUCUCCUUUAAUGACAAGAAGUUUGUUAUUAAACCCAUUGACAAGAAGGCACCUGACUUUGUGUUCUAUGCUCCUCGUCUUAGAAUCAACAAGCGCAUUCUGCAGCUUUGCAUGGGUAACCAUGAGCUAUACAUGCGCCGCAGAAAGCCAGAUACAAUUGAGGUGCAACAGAUGAAAGCACAGGCCAAAGAAGAGAAGCUUCAGAAACAACUGGAACGACAACAGCUGGAAAGUGAGAAAAAGAGGAGAGAAGCUAUUGAAAAAGAAAAAGAUCAGAUGAUAAAAGAAAAGGAGCAACUGAUGCAUAGGUUACAUGAAUAUGAAGAGCAGACAAAGAGAGCCGAACGAGAGUUAUCUGAGCAGAUCCAAAAGGCUAGAGAACUUGAAGAGGAGAAAAGAAGAGCUCAGCUAGAGGCAGAGAGACUGGAGGCUGAACGCAUUGCUGCUCUACAUGCUAAGGAAGAAUUGGAAAGGCAAGCUAUUGAUCAAAUGAAGAGUCAAGAGCAGCUGGCGGCAGAGCUGGAAGAAUAUACAUCUAGAAUAACAAUGCUUGAGCAGGCAAGGAAAGUCAAAGAGGAAGAAGUGGGUGAAUGGCAACUAAGGGCCCAGGAAGCCCAGAGUGACUUACUGAGGACAAAAGAAGAGCUACAUAUGGUGAUGGCUGCUCCACCACUGCCGCUGCCACCACCACCAGUGUAUGAGCCUGUUAGAGAUUAUGUCCAUGAAAACCUACACGAGGAUGGAAUGGAAUACAGCGCAGAGUUUACCAAUGAAUACUUCCAGGAUGACCGCAAAGAAGAGGAACGCAUUACUGAAGCACAGAAAAAUGAACGUGUUCAGAAGCAGCUCAUGGCUCUAACAAACGAGUUGUCACAAGCAAGAGAUGAAACCAAGAAGACACACAACGACAUGCUGCAUACAGAGAACCUUAAAGUAGGCCGGGACAAGUACAAGACCCUGAGACAGAUUCGGCAGGGCAAUACCAAGCAAAGAAUUGAUGAGUUUGAAUCUAUGUAAUGGAAUUUUGAAAUUGUCAGUAGAGAUUGGUGGAUCUGGAAGUGUCACCAAAUGACAAAUUUAUAUUAUUGAUCCUACUGGCUAGAAAAGCAGCCUUGGAAAUAGAUAAAUAUAUAUAUAUAUAUAUAUAUAUAUAUAUAUAUAUAUAUAUAUAUAUAGUCUCCGCUUUUAUAUUUGUGUUUAGUCUUCUACUUGAAAGCAUAGUAACCUGUAACAGUCCUAUGCAGAAUGGGGCCAAAAUGUAUUACAGUUUCUAUAUGCAACUGCAGCACAUUUUUGCACCAUUCAAUUAUUUAAGCAAACGACUAACUAGAAAUGACGUCUUCAAUAGCAUUAAUUAGAUCAAACAAAUUACUAGUUGAUAUAAUGGUGCCAAAAGGCUGGUUUCUCCUUUUUAUCAUGGAGUGGAAAUAAAAGAACACGCUAUUUGUAUUUAAGGCUUGAUUUUCUUUGACAUUUUCAGAUAUUUAGAUCCACAUACUUGUGUACACAUGUAUGCCUAUGGGUCAUUUUUUAAUGUCUGUUUUUAUUUGUAUUUUUUUUAUUUGUAAAUCGCAUUGGUAUUUGUUGUCGAUUAAAGAUUUAUUGGGUGAAUAUUGUGCCAUACAUUUUCUGUAUAAUCAUUUCACCACAAGAUGAGAAUCUGUAUUUAUCCACUGAUAAUUAGCAAGAUCAAAUAUGUGUGUUAAAAAGAGAAGGCUAAAUGUAAGAACUUGCCGAUGUGUCAAAUAUAUUAUUUUUUUGUUAAGGACAUUGUGUGCUGAAGUAUAUUUCCACACAGUUAUUUGCUCAGAUGUAACACUUUAUUUUUUUUUUGCCUCUUAAUUUGUCUUCCUUGCGUCCAGAGGUAAAAAUGCAUAUUUUUAAAAAUAAUCUUCAUACAAUAAUUAUGAAGAUAUAAUGUGUGGCACGCAGUCUCUUCAUUUCUAAAAGAAACAUAUUUAGCUAGGUAAAAUUAUUAGAAUAUCAGUACACCCCAGUAACAACAUAUUGAUUUAUUUCUACAGAGAAAUUGGUGGUUAUUUUAAAGAGGAUUUCUGUUGGGAAGUUCUAAAAGUAAAACAAUCAGCAGAAACAUUCUAUAGGUUUCCAUGGUGAUAGCUCUAAUUUUUGAUCUUUGCUUUAUCUCCAUACAUAACAACCAAUGUAUAUAUUGUGUUUGUCAUGGACUUACUAAGUACCUGCAUUAUUAUUACCAUAGAGAUACACUUUAUUUGAUAUUCUUUACCAGGUGCAUGUUGCCUUUCUACUUUUAAGACUAUUGAAUGAUUCUGUGAUUUUGGAAGAGGAUUGGCUACACCUAGCUGUAAAAUCAACAAAGUGUCGAUGCUAAAGCAUUUCGUUUUGAAAAUUCAAAUAUGGGACAUAGAGAGUGAUGUGUUUUCUUGGCACUGACAGUUAGUCCUGUAGACAUUUUUUUUUUUUACUUUUCUAUUAAAAAAAAAGACAAACAUUUGGGGAACCUUUUUUCAGGAAUCUCUAGUUACAGUAUGUGUUAUAUUAGAACAUAAUAACAAAUCAGGUCUGGAAUGUAGUAUUUAUGUAUAAAUAUGAUCGGAAAAUAUACGUUUUUAAUGUAUUAGAGAAAAAAGGGAAAUAACAUUUGCAUUGUAUAUUUUUGUUAACUUUUACAGAUUAAAAUUAAAUUGCAUAUGUAAAAUAAAUUUUACUGAAAAGA